AGACCCGUUCGCGCUCCCCAGCCCAGUCAUCAUCGCUCGCGCCAGCGUUAUCAGUAGCCAGCACAGCAGUGAGCCGUCCCCUCCCCUCUCGCUCGCCUUGCCACGGGUGGUGACCGAGCGAGCGACUCGGCGGCCUUGCCCUGUUGCCCGAGACGAAUUAUUGGCCGGCGCCGCGAUGCUCCAGGGCGUGCUGUCCCGCGCGCCCGCCACCGACGCGGCGGCAGCGGCAGCGAUGAAGGCCAAGCGGGCUCCGGUGUCCCCCGACGAAAAGGGGGACGGGGAUGGGUGCCCCGCGCGGGGGAAGCGGCAGCAGCUGCUUGGGCUGGGCCCCGCCGCGGCGGCGGAGGAAGGGCCGGAGACGCGGGGGCUGCGGCUGCUCAGCCUCCUGCUGCGGUGCGCGGAGGCGGUGGCCAUGGACCAGCUGACGGAGGCGCGGGAGCUGCUCCCGGAAAUCGGCGAGCUGGCGUCGCCGUUCGGGUCGUCCCCGGAGCGCGUGGCGGCCUACUUCGGGGACGCGCUGUGCGCGCGCGUGCUCAGCUCCUACCUGGGCGCCUACUCGCCGCUGGCGCUCCGCCCGCUGGCGGCCGCGCAGAGCCGCCGCGUCGCGGGCGCGUUCCAGUCGUACAACGCGCUGUCGCCGCUCGUCAAGUUCUCGCACUUCACCGCCAACCAGGCCAUCCUGCAGGCGCUCGACGGCGAGGACCGCCUCCACGUGAUCGACCUCGACAUCAUGCAGGGCCUGCAGUGGCCCGGGCUCUUCCACAUCCUCGCCUCCCGCCCGCGCAAGCCGCGCUCGAUCCGGAUCACCGGGCUCGGCGCCUCGCUCGACGUGCUCGAGGCCACCGGCCGCCGCCUCGCCGACUUCGCCACCUCCCUCGGCCUGCCCUUCGAGUUCCACCCCAUCGAGGGGAAGAUCGGGCACGUCGCGGACGCCGCGGCCCUCCUCGGCCCGCGCCACCACCACCAGCAGCAGGACGAGGCCACCGUCGUGCACUGGAUGCACCACUGCCUUUACGACGUGACGGGGUCGGACGUGGGCACGGUGCGGCUGCUCAGGACCCUGCGCCCGAAGCUGAUCACCAUCGUGGAGCAGGACCUGGGCCACAGCGGCGACUUCCUGGGCCGGUUCGUGGAGGCGCUGCACUACUAUUCGGCGCUGUUCGACGCGCUGGGCGACGGCGCCGGCGCAGCCGAGGAGGAGGCCGCCGAGCGCCACGCCGUGGAGCGGCAGCUCCUGGGCGCGGAGAUACGGAACAUCGUGGCCGUGGGGGGACCCAAGCGGACAGGGGAGGUGCGCGUGGAGCGGUGGAGCGACGAGCUGCGGCGCGCCGGGUUCCGGCCGGUGUCCCUGGCCGGGAGCCCCGCCACGCAGGCCAGGCUGCUCCUCGGCAUGUACCCGUGGAAGGGGUACACGCUGGUGGAGGAGGACGCAUGCCUCAAGCUCGGCUGGAAGGACCUCUCCCUGCUCACCGCGUCGGCAUGGGAGCCGGCGGACGACGACACAGUCGCCGCCGCCCCCACGCCCCGCCACGGAAGCCAGGAGACGUGAUCGCAGGACAAGAUUUUGCAGCACCAGCUAGAUUGGAUUGGAUCGCCUCUGCUGCUAAUCUCGCAGCUCCCUCGUGGCCACUUUUGUUCUCUGUCUUUUCUCUUCUUGUGAGUAACUAUGUCUGUGAUAUAAAUCGUAUAGGAUUCGGCAUUCGUUCCCACACCAUGCUCAGAUCAACAUUCCAUUUCAGAUUUUUGUAAUGCUGCAGCUUCAGUUUCAGUCUGAAAUUUGUAAAAAAGAACACAUGCAUCA